ACAGAUGCAGCCUCUCCCACCUCGCCAGUCUCUUGCAUCCAGUCCUACGCUGAACGCGUCACUGCCAGCAAAAGCGUUUGUUUGAUAUGUGGAGCAGGAAAAUAAGGGCAGAAGAAUGAAAAUGCUUCGGUUUCGUAGUCCAAGCAUCCGCUCUCUGGAUCAAGAGAUUCAGGUCACGAUUCGGUUACUGGAUGACUCGGAGAUCUCGUGCAGCAUCCAGAGAGAAACCAAGGGCCAGUUCCUAGUGGAUCAUGUGUGUAACCAUUACAGCCUCCUGGAGAAGGACUACUUUGGCAUCAGAUAUGUCGACCCAGAGAAACAGAGGCACUGGCUGGAGCCCAAUAAGCCCAUAGUGAAGCAGAUGAAGUCUCAGCAGCCCUACACAAUGUGCUUCAGGGUCAAAUUCUACCCUCACGAGCCAAUGAAGAUCAAAGAGGAGCUCACCAGGUAUCUGCUGUAUCUGCAGCUGAAGAGGGACGUCUACCACGGUCGUCUCCUGUGCCCCUUCGCUGACGCAGCCUACCUGGGGGCCUGUAUCGUACAGGCUGAACUAGGGGACUAUGACCAAGACGAACACCCGCCAGACUACAUCCAAGACUUCAAACUGUUCCCCAAGCAGUCGCUCAAACUGGAGAGGAAGAUCAUCGACAUCCACAAGAACGAGCUGAGGGGGCAGUGUUCUGCUCUGGCCGAGCUUCAUCUCCUCCAGAGGGCACACAACCUGGAGACAUACGGAGUGGACCCUCACCCCUGCAAGGACUUCACAGGAUCCACAGCCUUCCUGGGAUUUACCGCCACUGGGUUUGUGGUGUUCCAGGGAAACAAGAGAAUCCACCUGCUCAAAUGGGCUGAUGUCAACAAACUGAAGUUUGAAGGGAAAACAUUCUAUGUCAUUGGAAUUCAGAAAGAGAUCUCUCUCACGGGCAGGAUGCACUGUAACAUGAAGAAACUGGUGCUGACGUUCCACACCUCUACCCCAGCGGCGUGUAAACAUUUGUGGAAGUGUGGGGUAGAGAACCAAGCAUUUUACAAAUGUGCAAAGUCAAGCCAGAUAAAGACUGUGUCCAGCAGUAAUAUUUUCUUCAAGGGAAGCAGGUUUCGAUACAGUGGAAGAGUUGCAAAAGAAGUAAUCGAAGCCAGCUCCAAGAUCCAGAGAGAGCCACCGGAGGUGCAUAGGUUACACUUUGGGCAGAGCAGAAGCUUCAACUCACUGAGCCACAAAAAUCUGAUCAUGAACAUGGAGCCUCUUGUCCCAGCACUGCCCUCCACCAACGAGUAUGAAGAGACCUCGGCAGACAAUGGACUCCUGGCUCUGAAGGACUCUGUUUACUUGUCCCCCCUGAAGCCGUCCACCACCUCCACGGAGCCGGAGCUAGAGCGGGUGGAGGGUCCUGCUCUGGGGCAGCGCAAGGAACAGGAGGCCCCUACCAGGGCUGGGGGGGAGGCAGAGGAGGGGCAAGAAGAGGAGGAGGAGGAGGAGGAGGAGGAAGAGGAGACGAGUGGAGUCCUGACCAUCUCUGAGUUGGUGUACAACCCCUGUGCCAGCAUGCUGCCCACGCCAGUGGACGACGGCCAGGGAGGGGUGGACCUGCUGUUCCAGAGCCCCAUCCAGAGCCCUGCUCGCCUGCUGAGAGAGCUACAUGCCGACCCUGACAUCCAGGCCCAGCUGGAGGCUGAGAGGGUGCGUGACCGCGCAUUCGAGCGUGCACGUGUGGUGGGGAGGAGCAUGCUGGGUAGCGGGCUCCGCCUCCUGGCGAGGAAUGAGCGGGUGAACACGUGCGUGCUGAGCGCGGUCCGCCUCAUCGCCAUGGUGAUAGGGGUGCUGCUGGUUGCCGUACCGAUGCUGCUGCUGCUGCUGGAGUCGGACAUAGACGUGUCGUUUUUGCACGAAAUCAGGCAGACACCGGAGUUUGAGCAGUUCCACUAUGAGUACUACUGUCCACUGCGCCGCUGGAUCCUCUGUAAGAUCAGCAUGGCCAUGGAGAGGCUGGGAUGGGACUGAAGAGGAGAGGACACACAGGAGGAGGAGGAGGAGGAGGGGUGAGGGAGGGAG